AUGCAACCACACUGCAGUCAUCUCCACAACAUCCAAGGGAGUGGCAAUGACUCUUCGUCUCCUCAAAGUGCCCACACAGCGAGGUUGUCAGGGGAGAGCUCAUGUCAUCAGAGCGGAGAUGUUCGCAUACAGCUAAACUCUGCUGGGGGAGAAGUCAGAGAAAACACAAGCUCCCGGCCGGGGUCCCUAAGUCGCUCACACGGACAUGCCCACGGCGAAGCAGGGGGGCUCGACGAUUCCACUCCAGACUCCGAGGAACACGGCGGCAGCUCUCUCUCGGAGCUCAGAUACCUUCUCCAGUGGCUGCACAGAAGUCUGCCGUAUAUCUUGAUUCUGUGUGUCAAAUUGGUCAUGCAGCAUAUAAUUGGCAUUUCUCUUGGAAUUGGGCUGCUAACAACUUAUAUGUAUGCAAACAAAAGCAUAGUAAAUCAGGUUUUUCUAAGAGAACGGUGCUCCAAGUUGCAAUGUGCUUGGUUACUAGUAUACCUAACCGGAUCAUCUCUCCUCUUAUAUUACACCUUUCAUGCGCAGUCGCUGUAUUACAGCUUAAUCUUCUUAAACCCCACUGUGGAUUUUAGGAACUUCUGGGAGGUACUUUGGAUUGUGGGAAUUACAGACUUCAUUCUGAAAUUCCUCUUCAUGGGCUUCAAGUGCUUUAUUCUCUUGGUGCCUUCUUUUAUGAUGUCCUUUAAAUCCAAGGGCUACUGGUACAUGCUGUUAGAAGAACUCUGCCAGUAUUACCGUAUGUUUGUCCCCAUACCAGUUUGGUUCCGUUAUCUUAUUGGCUAUGGGGAGCCGGACAGUGUACUAGGAUGGACCCUUGGGAUAUUGCUGGGCCUUCUCUACCUCAUCCUGAAACUUUUGAGCUUUUUUGGACAACUGAAAAACUUCAGGCAUGUCUUGCGGAUAUUUUGUACGCGACCACACUACGGGGUGACAGCCAGCAAGAGGCAGUGCUCCGAGUCGGAUGAUAUCUGUUCAAUCUGCCAAGCUGAAUUUCAGAAGCCUAUUCUGCUGAUCUGUCAGCACACAUUUUGUGAAGAAUGCAUCUCUUUAUGGUUUAAUAGAGAAAAAACGUGUCCACUCUGCAGAACUGUUAUUUCAGACCAUGUUAACAAGUGGAAGGAUGGAGCCACAUCUAUGCAUCUACAGAUUUUCUAA